CGUAAGCAAUUGCGUAGUUCUGUAACUUAUACUUCCAACGUCGUCAACUGCCCACACGAUGUCGAGCAAUUUUGCGCCGACGCCCGCAGAGCUUGCACUCGUGAAUCAGAUAUUUACUCAGGCAGAUACCCAGAAAAUCGGAAUCCUCACUGGUGACGUCGCCGUAAAGGUCUUCCAGGGUGCAAAACUAGCACCAACCGUCUUGGGCGAGAUUUGGAGUAUUGCUGACGAUGACAACAAUGGAUUUUUGACCAAGAAGGGUGUCUCAAUUGCAGUUCGUCUCAUGGGUCAUGCUCAGAAAGGCCAGAAGGUCGAUAAGUCUCUCGUGAACAAGCCCGGACCAUUAGCCAAUAUUGAAGGCGUGCAGAUGCCUUUGAUUCCACAAGGCACCGGUGCAUCAACAUCCAAAUCACCACCUCCCAGUUUGCCUCCAUUGACUCCUCAAGACAGGGCCAAAUUUACACGGAUAUUUCAGGGGUGUGGGCCUGUCAAUGGCCUCCUCAAUGGUGACAAAGCACGUGAUGUAUUCUUCAAAUCCAAACUCCCUCUGGAUAAACUAUCUCAAAUAUGGACGUUAUGCGACACACAAGACCGAGGCGUACUCGACAUAACUGACUUUACCAUAGCCAUGUACCUAAUUCAAGCCUGCAUGGCUGGUCAACUCUUGUCUAUUCCGAGUUCCAUUCCGUCAAGCUUAUUCGAGCAGGCUGGGGCGGUUUCUGUUCACGCGACCGGUGGUAGUGCACAUUUCAGCAGCCCAGGUUUUCCACCAGUACCGAGGCAUAAUGCUGUGCAGCCGCAGCUGACGGGGCAGGCGUCUCCGGCUCCUCCCCUUCCGAACAGACGCCUAGCGUCCAACAGGCUUGCACCUACUAUACCCCCCUUCCCUGGUGUUGCCCAGUGGGAUGUUACCGCGGCUGAGAAGGCCAGUGCAGACCGCUUCUUUGAUACAUUGGACUCGCAGCACAGAGGAUACAUUGAAGGUGAUGUUGCAGUACCAUUCAUGCUCCAAUCCAAGUUACCGGAAGACGUCUUGGCCCAAGUCUGGGAUCUUGCAGAUAUCAACAAUGACGGCCGUCUGACUCGUGACGGAUUCGCAGUCGCGAUGCACCUCAUUCAGGGCAGCCUCUCAGGCAAGGAUGUCCCUAGUACGUUACCUCCGACCCUUGUACCUCCAUCAAUGCGAGGAGGACAAGUGCCGUUUGUUUCUGCAUUGGCACCUUCCAAUCCGGAACCCGUGCGGGAUCUCCUUUGGGACGAUUCACCUCCGCCGUCGGCGACCACCUCGCAUCCUCCGACAAGCAUCUUGCAACCUCAAACCACGGGUACCCCGCACUCUCCGCGGUCUUUUCCUCGUCUCACACCGCUCUCACAGGAUCCCUUUGGCUCCUCUCCAGCUACAUCUCCGUCGAACAGAAAUUUCCUUGAUGAUGACGAUACACAUGCGCCGCCCAUUUUGCAUGACCAAUCUGUGGAAAUUGGGAACGUGCAGAAUCAAUUCAAUUCCACGCAGAGAUCUCUGCAGACCGCAAAGGCUGAACGAGAGGCUCUCGAGAGUACGCUUGCCAAUCAGGCUGCGCAGCUUUCAGCUCUUCAGACUCAGCUUGCUGCUGCCAAAGCAUCUUACGAAACAGAGACUUCCCUCCUGAACACACUCCGUGAUCGUCACGCAUCUCAGAAUACUGACAUUCAGAGAACUAGGGAAGAACUCAUUAGGGAUGAGAGCGAUCUCAGCGCCGUCCGAGUAGAGAAAGCAGAAAUCGAAGGGUCUUUCUUGCGCGACAAGGAGGAGGUUCGAGAAUUGAACAGGCGGAUGGCAGAGGUUACGGCGCAAAUUGCUGUUGUGAAGCAGGACGUCGAGAAGGCGAAGAAAGACGCGAAACAUCAGAAGGGUCUUCUUGCUAUUGCCAAAAAGCAAUUGGUAGCAAAGGAGUCGGAGAAGAUCAGGGUGGACAAGGAGCUAGAGGAGGCACAGCAAGAUCUCACUGAUACGAUUACGGAGAGAGAGAAGGCCGAAGCCGAGGCCGAGAAGAUUGUGAUUACGCCUUUACAGGCAGGGUUGGAACGCUCUAAGUCACCGGAUUCGGUUGCUUUCGCGGCUGCUCAUCCUUUGCCAGUGACCCCUGAUAUCACGGGCGCCGCCAUGAGCCCGAUCAGUGUCAAGAGUAAUAACCCAUUCGAGAGGUUGGCAUUGUCCUCAGGAGCGUCGACUCCGCGAUCUCAGUCGCCGUUCCUGUCUUUCCCUAAUGCUUCUUAUCCUGCUCCCCCUGGCCUGUCAUCACCACCCGGUCUUUAUUCCCCGGCUACAAUCCAAUCAGACGUGUUUUCGCAGGCAUCCGACACUGAACCCGUGCUACAGACCGAUAAUGCGCCUGAUACAGAUAGCUCUGAAUUUGUCGUUGUGACCCCUCGCGUGAAGGACGGUCCCUAUUUUUCUGACGGUGUCGUAUCGUCGCCCACGAGCGAUGAACACUUCACCACCCCUCCAACCAGUAUCACACCAGUCAAUCCUAAUCCCAGUGCAAACGAUUCAUCUCUCGAUAGUGCUGCCGCACACUUCCCUGCUAUCGAUGAUUUCAAUACACAACACCUCGCACCGGAGGAGGGGGAGAAGGAAACAGACCUGUCUACGGACCUUCAGGAGUUGGAAGUCAAUGACACUGAGAGUGAAAGCGAGGACAGCCACGAGUCGGAAGCUGUCGACCACUUGACAGACUCUGCCAAGGAGGUUUCUCCCUCAGAACCGGUAUCCUCACAGGCGCCGACCUCUUUUGAUGACAUCUUUGGAGUCGACACAGAUAUUCCCGAGCGGGUCCCUGCUUCCAGCAGUGAAUCUCAGUCAGACACAGCCGCACCCUCGCAGAAUGGCACGUCUUUGGUAGAUGCCUUUGGUGCUCCUUUCUCAGAGCUUGAAACCACUCCGUCACAGCUCUUUCGACCAUCCGAGACAAGCGGGUUGAAUAGUUUUGACGAGGCUCUCGGCAAGAUCUCAAAUGGCGGUUCUACGCAGCCCGCCUCUGCCUUCUCCUUCGAUUCCAACUUUGAGGAUAACUUUGACUUUGGGACAGCGAUGGCAUCAUCAUCUUCUACAUUCCCACCACCCCCCUCCGGAUCUACCCCUACAAAUGGCAUCUCCGCAACGAGCUCGAACAUGGCUAUGCAUGCGAAUGAGGUACCUGAUUUGUUCACCCAGCCUGCGAGCAAUGGGAUAUCGGCCACUCCAAACGUGUCUAUGACACAGCCGGCAGCCCCGGUCUCAUUUGAUGAAGUCUUCUCAUCGGGCCCCUGGGAUGCUUCAAGUACCGCACCUCAGCCUGAGAAGGCAGGAUCAAAACAGGCGGACGCGGGAGUCAUAAGCUUUCAAGAUGCAUUUGGAGGUGUUGAUUCCUCUCAAGCCCUGGCACUAGAUAGUUUGUUCCCUUCGAAGACUUCAAAGGCAUUCGCAUCCUCUGCGUCACCACCUUCAUCCGAGGGUAGCAAGCCCUUCCCAAAUAUUUCCCCUCCUGUAUCACCGCGAGGACCAUCUUCUCCCCGGGUUACAUCGAUACGGUCUACUUCCCCUCCGCGACGUGCCACAUCGCCACCGCCUCGAGCUGUUUCUCCGAAGUUGCAGCGGCCGUCAAGCUCUUCAACCAAGGAACCCGCUCACGAUAAGCCUCCGCCACCCCCGCGGCACUCUAAGCUCAGUAUUCGCCUUCCGUUUGGUAAGAAAAAGAAGCAGGAUUCAGUACCACCCAUUCCUCCAUCGAGUCUGUCACAGAAUGUGACUGUUACGCAGGAGGCGAGGGUGACGCCUGGGGUUGAAGACGACGUGGAACCUGUGAAGCAGCUGUCUGCUAUGGGAUUCAGUCGAACACAAGCUGUUGAGGCGCUCGAAGCAUACGAUUAUGACGUACAAAGAGCAUUGAAUAAAUUACUGGGAGCGCAAUAGGGACGGAGGGUCUAUUAUCGUUUGAUCUUGCGUUUGUAAUAUUUCACUUGUCCGUACAUGCACAUUCCUUACUACUCAUUCCAUUUUAUUACCGAAACAUCCGAGUCAUAAGGGCACGAACGGAACAAUGACAUUCCUUUAUGACUGU